GGGUCAGUGGUUAUAGAUCUACUGGCCAGCACGUGCCGGCGCUGUCACGCUGAUACAAGUUGACGCCACGUGAUCGAUGACGUCAAACAUAGUGCCCAAAAUGGCAGCGCUCUUCGCAGCACGGAGAGUCCUCUGUGGAGCAGUGCGGCCGGGGACACGCUGUCUCUCUCAGCUGGCAGAUCUGCCGGAAGUCCAUCAGAUGCUGAGGCAGACAUGCCGGGACUUUGCCGACCGGGAGCUGGUUCCCAUCGCUGGGAGGCUGGACAAGGAGCACAGAUUCCCAGCCGAGCAGGUGCGAGGUCUGGGGAAGCUGGGGGUAAUGGCUGUGGAGGUGCCGGAGAGCCUGGGGGGCGCCGGCCUGGACUACCUGGCCUAUAGUCUAGCUGUGGAAGAGCUGAGCAGGGGCUGCGCCUCCACGGGGGUCAUCGUCAGCGUCAACAACUCUCUUUACCUGGGUCCUGUGUUGAAGUUUGGCUCAGAAGAGCAGAAGAAAGAGUGGAUUACUCCGUUCACCUCAGGAGAAAAAGUGGGCUGCUUCGCUUUGAGUGAGCCAGGGAAUGGCAGUGACGCAGGUGCGGCCUCCACCACAGCCCGGCUGGAGGGUGACGAGUGGGUCCUGAAUGGCACCAAGGCCUGGAUCACCAACUGCUGGGAUGCCUCUGCCACUGUCGUCUUUGCCACCACCGACAAGAACCUCAAACAUAAGGGCAUCAGCGCUUUCCUGAUACCCAUGCCCCACCCGGGACUGUCUUUGGGCAAGAAGGAGGACAAGCUGGGUAUCCGUGCUUCAUCCACCGCUAACAUCAUUCUGGAGGACUGCCGAAUACCCCGGGCCUGUCUGCUGGGAGAGCCGGGAAUGGGCUUCAAGAUCGCUAUGCAAACCUUGGACAGCGGGCGGAUUGGCAUCGCUGCCCAGGCUCUCGGCAUCGGCCAGGCAGCACUGGACUGCGCCGCGGGCUACGCUCAGAAGAGGACGGCGUUCGGGGCGCCCAUCGCCAAGAUGCAGGCCAUACAGUUCAAGCUGGCCGACAUGGCGCUGGCACUAGAGAGCGCUCGUCUGCUCACCUGGAGGGCGGCCAUCCUUAGAGACGCCAAGAAGCCCUUCUCAAAGGAAGCAGCCAUGGCCAAACUGGCAGCUUCAGAGGCUGCUACCUUCAUCUCCCACCAGGCCAUCCAGGUGCUGGGGGGGAUGGGAUACGUGACAGACAUGCCAGCGGAGAGGCACUACCGUGAUGCUCGCAUCACUGAGAUCUACGAGGGGACGAGCGAGAUCCAAAGGCUGGUCAUAGCCAACCACGUGCUGAAGGAGUACCAAGACUAACAGGGUGGCAGCGGGUGCGUUGGCAUCCCCUGCCAGAAAACCCGGAGUAUUUCACAGUGCCGAUUAACGUUACUUCAGGUUUGAGGGCAGUUGGAAUGACUGAAUAAAGGAAGGACUCACUCAGUUUCCUUCCUUGGAAGACCUGCCAUAUCCACACUUUGUCCCAUUCUGCAUAUAUUUCAUAUUUAUGGGUGUCGACAAGCCUCAGUCAACUGUUGGCUUCAUCUGUUGCCUGAAGAGGACACUAUGCCAAAUGUUAUUGUGCAGGGGGAUGCAAGACAACUCUAUGCCAUUUCCCCGUAAGAUAUGAUUCACAGCCCAGCAUCUCUUGAUUAAGGGUUUUUUGCAUGGCUAUCAAUGAAUGGAACCUUCCAGUAGAUGUUCAAAAGGCUUAAACAUAUGAAAGGUUCGCCUUUCCCCAGGAUACUCGGAUACACAUGUCUCACCUCUUUUGUAAGUUUUACAUCAAUCUUUAAUAUCUGUAUAGGAUUUAACCAUGAUCUCAGUCUUUGAGAAGGUUUGUUAUAUCAUGGCUUGUAUCAUGGGGUAAUUCUGUCAGAUAAUAAAAGGAAAAUUAAUUAAUAAAGUUAAUAAAGUAA